GUUCUGAAAACACCUGAAGACAAUAAAGAUGCUUCGGAGGGUCCGUGGUCAGUUCAGAAAACAUCCUGGUCUGGUUCCACAGUUCUUCUUCAUCUGUUUGGGAAUGAGUGGAGCGUUCCUUUAUCUGUUUCGUCUGGCAAGAGGACCUCAUGUCACCUGGAGGAAGAGCAGUAACCCUGAGCCGUGGAAUGACCUCAGCCCAACUUAUCAAUACAAGUUUGUGGCCAUAAACACUGACUACAAAAACCUGAAGAAGGACGGGCCAGACUUCUGACGUCUGAACGUGUCACGACACACUGUCAAGAUUACAAAAACAAAAUAAUAAAAUACAAGCAAAAUAAAA